AAGGAGCCACGGAGAGAGCAGAGAGAGCGAGGCUGCGGCAGCCCAGGGGUGCGUGGAGUUCGUGGGAUGUACGGGACUGUGUGCAUAGAGACCUCAGAACCAGCUGCAGGAGGAGUGAAUGGCGAGUGAGCUCACUGCUCUGUGGGCGGAAACACCACCUUCCUCACCCUCCCCUUUUUUCACCCUCCUCCUUUGAGGUACAGACCCGGAGGCACUUAGUCUCUUUCUGUCAGCUUCUGAGCCCCCAGUGCACAUCUGUGGGGUCAUGGAGUUCCGGAACAGGAGCAUCAGGCCAUGGAUGGAGGGGUACAAUGGGAUGAUGGAGCUCCAAGAUGAGCACAAGAACCCGUGGGUGAAGGAGUUCCCAGACGUGUGGGCGAGGUACGACUUGGACUGCGGGAUGGUGGCCGAGGAGGAGGACGUGACCUGGGAUCGAGCGCCGUACCAAAAAGAGAAAUCAUUCCAGCCAGACUUGGACAGAGUGGUGGCCUCGCUGCUGCAACAGAUGCUGGAGGAGGGCAUCGUGGUGCGGGGCACGUCGCCCUACAACAGUCGUCUGCACGUCUUCUCCAAGAAAAAUGGGGAGAAGCGGCUGACGCUCAACUUCAAAGCCAUCCACAGCGUCAUCUCCCGGCAGCCGACGGAGUCCCUGCACAAGAUGGAGGUGGUGACGGUGCUCAGCCCUCACAGCUGCUAUUUCUCCACCCUCGAUCUGUCCUGCUGCUCCUUCGCCAUCCCGCUGACGGCCGCUUCCAGGCUCAGGUUCGCCUUCACCUUCCGAGGGCAGCAGUAUCUGUUCACCCGCCUGCCGCCAGGCUUCUACCUCACCAACAGCAUCGUGCACCGCCGCGUGGCCCGCAUGCUGGCCCAGCUGCCCCCAAAGGACAAAGGCUGGGUGUCUUCUUACACAGAUGAUAUGAUCAUCGCUGGGAGAACCCAUGAGGAGACCGCAUCCCGCACCAGGAGGGUUCUGCAGCUGAUCCAAGCCACCGGUUUUAAAGUUAAGCUGUGGAAGGCGCAGCUGAUGCAGCCCGAGGUGGACUACCUGGGGAUGAAGCUGUCGGCACGUGGCUGGGAGCUGCAGGCAAGCAAACGGGAGCGCAUUGCGAAUGUCCCGUCCCCAUCGGAUCCAAGCAGCCUCUACUCGCUGCUGAAGAUGCUAGGCUAUCAUCAGGACCGCGUGGAGGACUAUGCAGAGCUGGAGCUGCCUCUGCAGAGGCUGAUGAAAGAGGAGUGGCAAUGGGGCCAGGAGCAGCAGCAGGCGCUGCGGAGGCUGAUACAGGCCAUCCUGACGGCGCCGGCAUUGCGCUUCGUCAGUCGGUCGCAGCCAUUCAUCAUCAGGCCGACGGUGAAUGAUGAGACCACGGGGGCUGCUCUGCUGCAGGAGAAUGAGAAGGGGCAGAUGGUCCCCGUCUGGUUCAAGUCCGACGUGCUGAAGAAGCACCAGGUGUUCUAUUCGCCCGAGGAGAAGCACUGCAUUGCGGUGGUCAGAGCAGUGCACGCGUUCCAGGAUCUCAUAGGGACAGCUCCAAUCGUCAUCCAAAUGCCCCAUUCCCCUUGGAAGUACCUCCUUUGGGGUGACACCAAGACCUUCUGCUGGCCGACCCCCUGCAAGAAGCAGUGGAACUUGCUGCUGGUCAAUGGGGGGGAAAACAUCCCCACAGCCCCACAGCCCUCAGGCGCGCUGGUGCGCUCCGCACCUCCCCUACAAGAGGUACCAUCCAGUGUGCCCCACAGAGAUGUUUGGUUCACAGCGGGGAGCUGGGCCUGUACGGCAGCCUUAGGCUUUGCUGCCACCAACCUGGAGGAGCGCUGGCUGCUGGGGUUGAUGCAGCAUGGCUCGCCGGCUGGCGUGGAGCUGGAGGCCAUCAGGGUGCUACUGCAGGAGCACCGGAGCUCCAAGCCCUUGUAUAUCUAUGCCAAUGCCCAGAGCGUGGUGCAAGGGCUGCGGGAUGGGGACAGUGAGGUCAGAAAGGUGGGCAAUGAGCAGUUGUGGCAGAGCAUCUGGCAAUGGGUGCGUGACAACCCGGGGGUGCUGCAUGUUAGGCACAGCAAGGAUGGGGAGGAGCUGAAGUGGAACCAGAAGGUGGUGGACAGAGCGCAGAGCAUCCAAGCGUGGGUGUUGUCCGCUCAUGGCCAGCGGGUGUGGGAGCCAUCCAAGCAUGAGAGGCAGGAGAUCGUCGCCCUCAGCCAUAUGGGGCACGUGGGGGUGAGGAAGAUGCUGAACAGGGUAAGGCAGGUGGCAUGCUGGGAAGGGGACUGUGAGCAGGUGGCCCAGUGGGUGCAGCGCUGCAGCUGCACCAGUAUCCCCCCGCAGCCCCAGCGCACAGAGGGGCCGUGGUCGCAGCUGCAGCUAGCCCACGUCAAGGGCCUGCCCUGCUCCUCGAAGGGCUGUUCCUCCCUGCUGGUGCUGCUGGAUAAGUUCUCGAGGUGGGUGGACGCCUUCCCAAUGCAGAAAGGCAACACGGAGGAGGUGGUCGAGCUGCUGCAAGCGCACGUGGCACAGCGGUCGGGGAUGCCGUGCUGUGUCAGCGUGGGGCACCGCGAGCAUUUCCUGCAGGAAGCGGUGCAGACGGGGCUGCAGAUGGAUGUGGAUGUGCAAUACUCACCACCCAACUGGGUGGCAGCCAUCACCACCAGCCUGCAGCGGCUGGCCCAGAGCGCGGGCAAACGCUGGGCAGACAGCUUGUUGCUCAUCGUGGCCGCCCUUAGGGCCACCUGUGUGCGCAGAGAGGUGCUCGGCCCCUACCAGCUCUGCUUCCAUCACCCGCUGGUCCUCAGGAUCAGCCCCAUCGAGGGAGAGGCAGCGCCUGGCCCCACCGAGUCCCUCUUGCUCUGGCUGGCGCAGCUGCGGGAGGACAGGGCUGAGUACAAGCAGAGGGUGGAGGAGGCCAUGGAGAGUGAUUCUGAGUAGGGCUCAGGGGCUGCAGGAUGGUACUACUCCUGUUGUAGUAUCAGAGAACCAUUCAGGUUGGAUAAUACCUCUAAGAUCACCAAGUCCAACCCCAACCCAUCACCACCAUGCCCACUAACCAUGUUCCAUGCCACUGAUAUCCAGACCUGUGUUCUUUGCCUGAACCCAUAGAGUUGGGAGGCUCCAUCAACCUGUGCCACUGAUAUAGAAUCACAGAAUCAUUAAGGUUGCAGAAGACCUCUAAGAUCUCCAAGUUCAACCACAACCCAUCCCCACUGUGCCCAAUAACCGUGUCCCAUGCCAUUGAUAUCAUAGAAUCAUAGAAUGGCCUGGGUUGAAAACAACCACAAUGCUCAUCUAAUUUCAACCCCCUGCUAUGUGCAGGGGUCGCCAACCAGCAGACCAGGCUGCCCAGAGCCACAUCCAGCCUGGCCUUGAAUGCCUCUGGGGAUGGGGCAUCCACAGCCUCCUUGGGCAACGUGUUCCAGUGCCUCACCACCCUCUGGGUGAAAAACUUCCGCCUCAUAUCUAAGCUAAAUCUCCCCCGUAUAGUUUAAAACCAUUCCCCCUUGUUCUAUCAAUAUCUGCCCUCGUAAACAGCUGUUCCCCCUUCUGUUUAUACUCUCCCUUCAAGUACUGGAAGGCCACAAUGAGGUCUCCACAGAGACUUCUCUUCUCCAAGCUUAACAAGCCCAGUUAAUAUCCAUACAUGUCUCUGCCCCAGUCCGUAGGAUCUGUAGGCUUGGCCACCCCAUUCCUUUCAUAUGGAGUCACAGAAUCAUGAAAGUUGGAAAAAACCUCCAAGAUCAUCAAGUCCAAACAUUGGCCCAUCACCAUGUCCCAUGGCAUUGAUAUUCACUACCUGAAACCCAUAGGUUCUGAAGGUUCAGCCACCCCAUUCCUUUCCUAUAAAAUCCCAGAAUGGAUGAAGUUAGGAGAACACCUCAAAAAUCACCAAGUCCAACUCCACUCCAUCUCCACCAUGUCCACAAGUGCCACAUCUCCACAUUUCUUGACUACCUCCAGGGACAGUGACCCCAUCACCUCCCUAUUCCAAUGCCUGACCAUGAAAGAAAGGGAGGAAUCCACCAAAUGCACAGGGCCACCGACCUCGUCUUGUCCAAUGAGGGAGGCAGUUCUGGGAGCCCAGCCUGCACAGUCACCAAUGGACAUGGCAUGGGCGAGGGAGAGGAGCAGGAAGGGAUCGGCUGUGUGUGACAUGGGACCAGAAGCUGCUAUCUGUUCAGUUUUGCAUUUUUUUUAAUCUGGGGCCAGUCACUGUCAUCUGCCCUAUCUUGUAUUUUCUUAUUAAAAUCUUUUCUAAAUCA